AUGAAAAGUGGUCUUGUGGGGAUAACGUUAAACAAGGGAGCAGUGCAUCGCUGGAUAAUGGGUCAAGCAGAAAGGAGUGCAAUCACUAGACAAUGUGAAGCCAUGGCAAGUGUCACUGAUAUCAAACGGUCAGUAACGAAGAUACCACAUAAAAACCCACAAUAAAACACGCAAAUGUAAACUGUCAUUGUGCAUAAUUCAUCAUCCACGUGCGUCAUAUUUUUAUUUAUUUUGUAUUGUUUUAUUUAUUAUGCAUUUUUUGCAGAAAUAAAAUGAUAAAAAUUUCUUGCCUAGGUCGAGGAAAGAUUUAGACAAGAAAAGGAUAGCAGCAGACCAGAAAGCAGCUACAAAUGUCAUUCAGACUGUACAGACUAUGAUAAACCCUUUUGACAAUGAAUACCAAGGGUUGGUGCACUUAGCAAGUGGAUCUGUCGCUACUGUGUCAGUAACCAGUGGUAUGAAAACCAUGCUCGAGAAAGGCGAAUGUGCUGCAGUUGAGUUUAUGGAGUCCAAUAUUGUAGGAGAAGAACCUGACAUUUACACCAAGAUAAAGAAGACGCAGUUACAGACAUUCUCUCUUAUUGGUAAGAAGGUCAAUAGCAAAAGUAAGAAAGGUGAGAUCGUGGCCCUGAAAAACUCAAAAGCGCUUUUUGCGAAAAUGCUUCUGAUAGCCAAGAGUCGCAAUUUGGAGAUGGAGGAAGUGUUGACGUAUUCUCUCCGGCCGUAUCCACACCCAUUGGCUACGAAUGAAGGUGACCUCGUAAAGACUGUUAAAGUUAAAUUGCUCAAAAUGAUUGAAGAUGAAAUACAAGAUGGUUCAGUUGACCUUCCUGUUGGAGACAAAGCAUAUAUUUUUGAUGCCAUGGCAAUAAUACAAACAUUGACAGUUCUCCCAGAAACAUUUGGCGAACUUGCAAUGGAUUUGCUGGCUAAGAUCGUCAACACUGCUGUUUCUUUAAAUUUCAGUCGGGUUGAUUUCGUCUGCGAUAGAUAUCCAGAAUAA